AUGACACGAUCAUCUCUAGAAUCCAAGCGACAUCACACCUUCGGCCUCCGUCGCAGCAGAAGCCACCUGUCCAGCAAACCAUCCUCUUCACACCUCUUCGAAGGCACCGACGCUGUCCUCCAAAACCGCAAAGUUGCUCUCCAAAAAGUCAUAGAUACGCACCACGCUCUCGAACGGAAACACGGCCACGUCGCAACACCAACCAGUACCACCAGCGAACGACCGACUUCAUCUUCCUCCUCCAUCUCCUACGAUCCCUUCACUACAGAUUUCGGCGACCUAUCUAUACCCGACGCUGAAGUGCGCACGUUUCGAUAUCUUCUUCACAGAUGGGAACCCAGGAACCCGGAGUGGGCUGACCCAGAAUUCGAAAAGGCGAUCGAGCGGCGAAGAGAAAGUUUCGAAGAGGCGGCCAUCAAGCACUUCAUCAGUCGAGUGGCUCUGUGGGAUGCCAAUGAGGCAGAAACGCAAACACAGUCACGAAGCGCGGAGGAGAUCGAGGGCGAGGAGCGAUGCGAGUAG